GCCACAAUAGUUGACAAUCCCGACUUUGACCCGGCCAUAUACGCCGACAAGCUCGAUCAUGCUCUAAAGGCUAGCGACAAAGACGCCAUCGUCAAAUUGCUGACGUCGAUUAGCAAUAAUCAGCGUCAAAUGGUCAGUUAUGCAUGGACAAAAGGCCUUGGCACAGACGAAGCAGUGUUGAUUGAAAUACUCUGUUCUCGCACUCCUGACCAAUUGACCGCUAUUCGAGCUGCUUACCAGAAUGAAUAUAAGACACCAUUGGAAAAAGAUAUAGCAGACGACACAUCUGGAGAAUUCAAAGAUUUGCUGGUGGCACUUGCUACAGGAAGCAAGGACAACGGUCGUGAGACCAAUGACGAGCAGGCUAAAGAAGGUAAGCUAGCUGGCAAAGGUGCACAAUCGCACCUCUUCACCAUACUUACUUCUCAGAAUCAAUAUCAGCUGAAGAAGGUAUUUGACGAAUUUGCUAGACUCUCCGGGGCCACCAUCGAGAAAGCGAUUGAAAAAGAGUUCAGCGGUGAUGUGCAAAAGAGC